AUGGGUAGGGCCGGACAGAAAGGGCUGGAAGGGAAGGGGAGCAUGGGAAGGGGAGCAUGGGAAGGGGAGCAUGGGAAGGGAAGCAUGGGAAGGGAAACGCUGAAAGUGCUGGGCAGGCAUUAUCGCAAGGAAGAAAGGGGAGGUUGGGAGGUGGGGAGGUGGGAUGGGAAGAUGGGGAGAUGGGGAGAUGGGGAGGUGGGGAGGUGGGGAGGUGGGAUGGGGAGAUGGGGAGAUGGGGAGGUGGGGAGGUGGGGAGGUGGGGAGGCGGGGAGGUGGGGAGGUGGGGAGGCGGGGAAAUGCGGAGGUGGGGAGGCGGGGAGGGGGAGGUGGGGAGGCGGGAAAGGGGAGAUGGGGGGCGGGAAAGGGGAGAUGGGGGGGCGGGAAAGGGGAGAUGGGGGGGCGGGAAAGGGGAGAUGGGGGGGCGGGAAAGGGGAGAUGGGGGGCGGGAAAGGGGAGAUGGGGGGGCGGGAAAGGGGAGAUGGGGGGGCGGGAAAGGGGAGAUGGGGGGGCGGGAAAGGGGAGACGGGGGGGCGGGAAAGGGGAGAUGGGGGGGCGGGAAAGGGGAGAUGGGGGGGCGGGAAAGGGGAGAUAGGGGGGCGGGAAAGGGGAGAUGGGGGGGCGGGAAAGGGGAGAUGGGGGGGCGGGAAAGGGGAGAUGGGGGGGCGGGAAAGGGGAGAUGGGGGGGCGGGAAAGGAGAGAUGGGGGGCGGGAAAGAGGAGAUGGGGGGGCGGGAAAGAGGAGAUGGGGGGGCGGGAAAGGGGAGAUGGGGGGGCGGGAAAGGGGAGAUGGGGAGGCGGGAAAGGGGAGAUUGGGGGGCGGGAAAGGGGAGAUGGCGGGGCAGGAAAGGGGAGAUGGCGGGGCGGGAAAGGGGAGAUGGGGGGGGAGGGAAAGGGGAGAUGGGGAGGCGGGAAAGGGGAGAUGGGGAGGCGGGAAAGGGGAGAUGGGUAG